AUGUCUUCUCUGAAGCGACAAAAGGUGUCGCAUAAGGCCUCCACGGUCAAGGAGUCUCGUGUCGCCGAGAGGGAGUCAUCCCCGGCCCAAUCCGCCGUCUCUGAGCCCGAGGCCGAGGGAGAGGUUACCGCCGACGCCGCAGAGGAGGUCACGAAAAGCUUCAAGGAUCUCGGAGUUGUCGACUCGCUUUGCGACGCAUGCGCCAACCUCGGAUACACGAAACCCACCCCCAUCCAGGCCCAGUCUAUCCCACAUGCCUUGGCGAAUCGCGAUAUCAUCGGCUUGGCCGAAACUGGUUCAGGAAAGACGGCAGCGGUCAGUAUAUUUCCAUACCUCGCUUGUGGUCAUUGGUUCGAGUUUCUGGCCGAAUGUCUACAAUCAGUCGGGGAGUACGUUGUUGGCAACCCUACUAACGCAGAGGAUUUCCAGUUCGCGCUGCCGGUGAUCCAGGCUCUUUUGGAGAAGCCUCAAGCAUUCUUCGGGUUGGUGCUAGCACCUACGAGAGAAUUGGCUGCCCAAAUUGGCCAGCAGUUUGAGGCCCUGGGCAGCUUGAUCUCGCUCCGAACAGCAGUAAUCGUCGGUGGGCUGGACAUCUCUCCCCUUGACAACCUUGAGGAUAACCUUGAGGACCGACAAGUUGCCCAAGCCAUCGCUCUCGGCAAAAAGCCACACGUCAUCAUAGCGACACCCGGAAGACUGGUAGACCACCUCGAAAAGACAAAAGGGUUCUCCUUGCGGUCACUCAAGUACUUGGUCAUGGACGAGGCCGACAGACUGCUGGACAUGGACUUCGGUCCCAGCAUCGACAAGAUUCUCAAGUUCGUCCCCCGCGAACGGCGAACAUUUCUCUUCUCCGCGACCAUGAGCUCCAAGAUCGAGAGUCUGCAAAGGGCCAGUUUGCGCGAUCCUGUCCGCGUCAGCAUCAGCUCCAACAAGUACCAGACCGUCUCAACCCUUCUGCAAUACUACCUCUUCAUACCCCACACGCAGAAGGACGUGCAUCUCAUUUACCUCCUCAACGAACACGCCGGCAAGAAGAUCAUGAUCUUCACGCGCACCGUGGCUGAGACGCAAAGAUUGGCCAUCUUGCUCCGGUCACUGGGUUUUGGCGCCAUCCCUCUCCACGGCCAGCUGAACCAAACAGCUCGUCUCGGCGCUCUCAACAAGUUCCGCACAGGCACACGGUCCAUUCUCGUCGCAACGGACGUGGCUGCUCGAGGAUUGGAUGUUCCGGCGGUAGACGUCGUCGUCAACCACGACUUGCCCCAAGACAGCAAAACCUUCAUUCACAGAAUUGGUCGAACCGCUCGUGCUGGAAAGUCAGGUAUCGCCCUCAGCCUCGUCACACAGUACGACCUGGAAAUCUUCCUCCGCAUUGAAGCCGCUCUUGGCAAAAAGCUGGACGAGUAUCCUACGCAGAAGGAUGAGGUCAUGGUUUUCCAAAAUCGCGUUGAAGAGGCUCAGAGACAUGCUAGAAUGGAAAUGAAGAACCUGAUGGAAACGAAGGGUAAGAAGGGAUCGACGCUGAAAGGCGGAAAGAAGGGCGGUGCAGGCAGCGGUGGAAAGCGGCGCCACGACGACAUGGAUGCUGAAGAGGGUUGA